AUGACCUUGCAAUCUAACCUUUGGACCCCUGCAGUACCCAGCUCCUGCUCUUUCCUCAUGUUGACGGUGAGAGCAAUUAAGCUGGUGCUGCCUGAGAUUGAGGUGCAUUUGGCCGGCUCCAGCAUAGAUGGCCAACUGGUUCUGGACCUCAGGAGUACCCUGGUGGACCCUGUCGUGAAGGUGGAGCUUGUGGGAAGAGGCUUCCUAGGGUGGCCUGAGGAGUAUAAUCCUGAAUGGGACUACGACAAGAGUACCAACCAGGCUGUCUACAUCUUCAAAGCUAUGAAUUUCCACAUAGAGGAUGCUCAGGAGGACUGUGAUAAUUCCGCCAUGUCACAUUCUGUGCACAACAAGAACUCACCACGCUUUGCCUGUCUGUUCACCCUCUCGAUGCAGACCUCACUGGUGAUAGAAGCUAGGAAGGACGUAGUUUACUUCUGCUGCUUCAAUCACGGCUCUGUGAUCCUUCGGAUAUCCCUGGAGAAAAGCGUAUUUUGCCCUGGAGAAACCAUUGUCUUCAUGACAGAUGUUGCCAACAGGACACGCAAGUAUGUUAGAAAGGUUGUUUUUGCUGUACGCUGCAUUGCCCUGUAUAGCGGUUUCAGCAGCAGGGGAGAACAACGCUCCUUGGAAGACCGAAGCGAAGUGACGCGGUUGGAGUUGCAGACAGACACGGCUCCCUCUGAGGCCACCAGAGUUACCAGCGCGCUGGUUCUGUCAAAACCCAUGCCUGUCACCAGCACUCUCACAGAAAAUAAAAUCAUGGCAUUCAGGUACGAGCUGGUAGGCACCUCUGACCUUCCUUGUACCACAUCCACUGUCAUGGGCAGGGUGCCCAUCGUCAUAGCAGCCACACCGGAGAGUUUCUCUGUGGAGCAGAACACCGUGACUCUGCAAGAGAAUGAAGGUGACAUCGCAAAGGGGGAGAGCCUUCACAAAGACAUUUCUGAGACUGACCCAGGAGCAAUUGCCAGCAGAUCCACAGAAUAA